AUGACAUAUCCAUCGCCACUCAAGGUGAUCUCGCGUCGCUUGACCGACAACAUUGUCUUAAGCUCCACCGCUUUCAAGCGCUUCGACAAGCUAAAUUUCGGUGCCCGCAUGGCGCUUUUCCACUACGGCAACAGAAUCAUCGUCUGGUCGGCAAUUCCGUACGGCGAAGAAGUUGACAAGGCACUUUCGCUUCUCACGGGCAAAAACCAGAACCUGGUGGCGUAUCUUGUUAUUCCUGACAACGAGCAUACGAUGGCCGCUGCGUCUUUCAAGCAAACGUUCCCGGAGAUGAAAAUCAUCGCUUCACUGGGCGUGAAUUUGGGCCCAGCAACGCCAAUUGACUAUGUCAUCAGCGAGCCACACGUGAUUGUGGGCAAGUCGGCGCUUCUGACCUUGGGAAUAGAGGACCAGGCCAUCUUGGACAACUUUGAGUUUGUGUAUCUCCCCCACCACGGCAACCAGGAGUUGGUGAUGUUCGACAAGCAGUCGAAAACGCUUUUCGAGGCCGAUUUGCUCUUCAACUUGCGUCUGGACCAGCGUUUGGAGCAGUUUGGCACAGAGCUCGGCUUUGCUCCUGAUUUCAACCCCCAUGGAGGCUGGUCGUAUCUUACGAGGUACUUGAAUCCAGACAGCAAGGUGGGGGGCUUUUUGUUGAAUCGUCUUGCCAAGCCAGCCUCGGCGCCUGGAUUGAAAAACAUCUAUCUGUGGAACUUUGACCGGAUUGUCAUGUGCCACGGCAAUGUCAUUGAGCAGAAUGGGCGGGAGGAGUUCAAGAAGGUGUUCAAGCUGGUUUUGCCCGACGUAUAG